AUGACAUUAGAUCGAACGGAAAAUCAAUCGAAUCUUAAUGAUACAUUAUCAACAACAAUAUCCCAAAGUACGAUUCAAAAACAUGCACAUGGUGCUAUUGUACGAAUUCGUUUAGAAAAUUUCAUGACAUAUAGAGAAGUUGAACUUUAUCCAGGAUCACGACUUAAUGUUAUUAUUGGACCAAAUGGUAGUGGAAAAUCAUCAAUUGUGUGUGCUAUUUGUCUUGGCCUAGCGGGCCAUCCACGAGUUAUUGGUCGAGCUGGUAAUAUUGCUGAUUAUAUUAAAACAGGCAAUGAAAAAGGCAUGAUUGAAAUUGAAUUAUUUAAUAGUGAAAAAGGAUCGAAUUGGAUUGUUAAUCGAACACUUCAUACACAUAAUGCAAGUAAAUGGACAUUGAAUGGAAAACCAUCAACGGAAGCAGCUAUUAAAGAAUUAAUGAAAAAACUUCAUAUUCAAGUCGAUAAUUUAUGUCAAUUUUUACCACAAGAAAAAGUAGCAGAAUUUACAAACAUGUCGAAAUGUGAUUUACUUGAAAAUACAGAAAAAUGCGUUGGUGGAGAAGAACUUUAUUUACUUCAUAAAUCAUUAAAAACAUUAGGACAAGAAACACGUAGUUUAGAAGUAGAUUUAAAUGAAGCAUUGAAUCAAGCUGUAUCAUGUAAACAAAUAUUAAAACAUCUUGAGCCAGAUGUUCAAGCAAUACAAGGUCGAAAAGAUCUUGAAGCAAAAGUUGUUGAAUAUACCCAAUGCAAACAUUUUCGUGAUUAUGAAGAAAAAGCAAUUGAACAUGAUAAAAUUGCAAAAACAUUUGAGCUUGUUAGAAAUAAAGUUACUGAAAUUAAUACUCGAUUAAAACCAUUAAAUGAUGAAAUUAGAAAAUAUAAAACUGAAUUUGAUAAAGCUCAAACAACAUAUAAAUCAAAAUACAAAGAAUCAGCUGAUUUAAAAAAUAAAUUAACUAAAGAAAUCAAUAUUAUAUCUGAACAAAGUGAUGAUUUAAUUGAUAAAAUUCGUGAUGAACUUCGUCAUAAAAAAGAUGAAGAAAAUCGUCGAAUUGAAUCAUGUAAAGAUAUUCAACAGCAAAUAUCUGCACUUGAAGAAGAAUUAAAUGCAAUUGAUAUCAAUUCUCAAGAUCAAGAUGAUAUACAAGCUGAAUGGAAUAAAAUAGAAGAUGAACGAAAAAAACUUACUGAACAACAAACACAAAUAUCUCUUAAACUUCAACAAGUCAAUGAUGAAUUACGUCGAAUACAACAAGAUAUUCAAAUUAAACAACGUGAACUUAGUCAUAUAAAUAAUGUUCAAGAAAUUCGUUUAACAAAACUACAACAUCAAAAUCCUGAUGCAUGGAAAGCUGUUAAAUGGCUUCGCCAAAAUCGAAUGCUUUUUAAAAAAACAGUCUAUGAACCAAUGAUUCUUUCAUUAAAUGUUGACGAUGCAAAUAUGAUGAAAUAUGUUGAAUUUAGUAUACCUAAACGUGAUCUUUUAGCCAUGUUUAUUUUUGAAGAUACAGAUGAUAUGGAAUUAUUUAUAAAAGAAUGUCAUGAAAAACAAAAAUUAGUUGUACAUGGUUCAGCUAUACCACGUAUGUCAUUAGACGAAUUUCGUCGAGAAGCAGUACCAAUAAAUGAUUUCAGUAAUCAUGGAAUGUCUCAUUAUGUUCUUGAUGCAAUACAAGGACCUGAUCCUAUUUUACGUUAUUUAUGUCAAACAGCUAAAAUUCAUACAAUACCAAUUGCAAAAGAUACAGCUUUGAAAAAAAUUGAAGAUAUUACAGAAGAUAAAAGAAUUCGAAGAUUUUUUGUGAAAAAUUUUUGUUAUUCAGUAUCAGUUUCAUAUUAUACGGGUCAACCAUCGACAACUAAUGUUCAUGUACCAAGAGAAAAAUAUUUAACGGAUAGUAUUAGUCAUGAUCGAAUACAACAAAUUGAACGAGAACAUGCGCAAUUAAAAGGUCGUUACGAAGAAUUACAAAAAGGUCAACAAACAUUUGAAAAAGAACUAACUUCUUUUGCUCGUCAACUUGAUGAUAUAAAAGCACGCAAAAUUGCAAUAAGUGAUAAACGUAAUAUGAGAGCUAAACUUGAACGUAAAGUUGAAGAAAAAAAACAUACAUUAAAUAUCUAUACAAAAAAACAAAUUGAUAUUAAAAAAGAAGAAACAUUAGCACAUGAGAAAGAAAUGAAAAUUCAUGAAGAUAAAAUGCAUAAAUUAAAUCAAUUAGUUAAACAAUUUGAGAAUUUCAAUCAAUCAUGUAGUAGUCUAAUUAUUGAUAGUGGUCGUGUUGCUCUUGCUAGACAACAACAUCAAAAAGCAGAUGCUAGUCUUGAAACAUAUAAAGAAGAAUUACUUCAAUUGAAGGAACAAACACUUAAUUCGAAAAAACGUCUAGAAACAAGUGAAUCAUUAACACGCUUAGCUGCACAAAAAAUUGCUAAAUCAUUCAAUAAGACUAUUACACCGGAUGAUAUACUUUUAUCUGAUAAAUUACUUAAAGAAUUUCAAAAAAAAUUUGACAAAUUUCCUGAAAGUUUAGCUGAAUUAGAAUCUGAAAUAAUGAAUUUUAAUGCUCAACUAAGUUGUCAAGGAACUGUUAAAGAUGAUGUUAUUCGUCAAUAUCAACAAGAAAAAAUAAAUUUAACUCAAAUUGAAAAUCGUAUACAUGAUCUUGAAAAUAAAAUAAAACAAGGACAAAUGACAGCUGAUACAAAUAAAACAAAUUGGUUAAAUCAAGUUAAUAAAAUGAUUACUGAAAUCAAUGAAAAAUUUGUUGAUUUAUUUAAUACAAUGGGAUGUAAAGGUGAAAUUUGUUUAGAUAUUCCUGAAUCGAAUAAAGAUUUUGAAAAAUAUGGUGUUAAUAUUAAAGUACAAUUUCGCGAUGGAGAAAAAUUACAUGAAAUGAGUGAAUUUUUACAAAGUGGAGGUGAAAAGAGUGUGUCAGUUAUGUUAUAUAUGAUUGCAUUACAAAAUAUGACGAUAUGUCCAUUUCGAUGUGUUGACGAAAUUAAUCAAGGUAUGGAUCCAACAAAUGAAAGACGUGUUUUUGAAUUACUCGUUAAACAUUCAUCUGAUAAAGCUAAUUCACAAUAUUUUUUACUUUCGCCUAAACUUUUACCCAAUCUUAAAUAUAGUAGAAAAAUCAAAUUAUUAUUUGUAUGCAAUGGUGAUGUAAACAUAAAAAGUCAAGAAUGGAAUAUUUCAAAAUAUAUUGAACGUCGUCGAACUCUUAUGAAUACUCAAGCUUAUUAA